UAUAAUAAGUCGAAGUCUUCUAAAAAUAUCAUCACUUUUCUAUAUCCAAAAACCAAAACAAGAACUCAGCUCCCUUUCUUUUUAUCAUGAAGUCUUCAACAAGUUCAAGUGAUCAAUACCAGAAAUUUUCAUCUUCAUAUGGCGACGAAACGCCGCUGCCAGAUGGCGUUCAAAUGAGCUCGAAAACUCAGUUUUACGUAGAGACCAUGGAUCCGCAGCCGGCUAUGUAUAGAAAGAAGAAGAAUGACGUUCCAUGGUCAACUGGCUUAUGUGACUGCAUGUCCGACCCCAAGAAUUGUUGCAUAACAUUCUGGUGUCCAUGCAUCACUUUUGGACAGGUUGCUGAGAUUAUUGACAAGGGUUCUAAUUCUUGUGGAGUAAAUGGAGCAUUAUACGCAAUAAUAAUAUGUGUGACUGGUUGUCCAUGUUGUUAUUCUUGUUUCUAUCGUUCCAAGAUGAGACAACAAUACUUGUUGAAAGAAAGCCCUUGUGGGGAUUGUUUAGUUCAUUGUUUUUGUGAAGCGUGUGCCUUGUGCCAAGAGUAUCGUGAGCUCAAAAAUCGUGGAGUUGAUAUGUCCAUUGGUUGGCAUGGAAAUGUGGAGAGGCAAAAUCGUGGAUUGAUUAUGCCACCAACAGUUGAAGGAGGAAUGAACAGAUAAUAAUCAUGAGAGAGUUUAAUAUAGUGCGUAACCAGUCAUUCAUAAUAUCAAAUAAAUCAUUUUCGUCUUUGGUAAACUUACCAAGGGCUAUAGUCACAGUGAUCCUCCUUUUUCUAUUCAAUAUCUCUAUGGGGUAAAAACGGCGUCAAGAAAAACUCUUGUUUAUUACCAAUGAAUAAUAAUGAAAGUACUUUUUUUUUUUUUUUUGUCAAAAACGAAAUAUCCAAUUGAUAAAAAUGGAAAAAAGAUGACACGACCUUUGAUGACUAUUGGUCAUAUUAUCGGGUUAUAAUUUGUUAGUGAAGUGUGAGUGCUCAGAUAUGUAAAGUCAUUGUACAUGUUUAUUAAUGUUAAUGGUUUUGUAAUGCUUUUUAUCUAAUAAUGAUUGUAUUA